AUGCCGAUACUUAACAAAUCCGGCUCGUCACAUGCCGUCAACGGCUUGAACGCCAUCAUUCGCUUCUUGCAAUUGGCUUUCGGCACCAUCGUCCUCGGCAUCUACGCCGAAGCCCAAUCCCACUCCCUGUGGUCUAGAUCGCAGUACAGCAAAGAGCUUGACGUCGCCAUCGCCGCCGGCGCCCUCUCCAUCAUCACCGGCGUCGUCUGCGGUGCCAUCCCCUUCCUCAUCAGCUACUACUACGUCGCCAUCGCCUUCCUAUGGGACUGGAUCAUCUUCUUCACCUGGUGCGCCGCCUUCGCCCUCAACCACAAGUACUUCAGCAACGGCAUCUACGUCGCGGCGCUCGAAGAAUCCGGCUUCCCGAGCGUCGACGCCGUCGUCGCGGGCCAAUGGUCUGCCCUCACCGCCAUGCUCCUCUUCCUCAUCUCCGCCCUCAUGGGCCCGGCGUGUCUGCUCAUGGAUCGCAAAAGCCUAUUUGCAUCGCGCGGUGUGGUUCAGUCUUGA